GACGAGCAUCCCUUUGAGAAACGCAAGGCUGAAGCUGAAAGGAUUAGACAAAAGUAUCCAGACAGAAUUCCGGUUAUUUGUGAGAAAGUUGAAAAAUCAGACAUUGCAACAAUUGAUAAAAAGAAAUACCUUGUUCCAGCUGAUCUCACGGUUGGUCAGUUUGUUUAUGUAAUCCGAAAGCGGAUCAAACUGAGCCCUGAAAAGGCUAUCUUUAUCUUUGUUGAUGAAGUUUUACCACCUACCGCUGCACUUAUGUCGAGUAUUUAUGAUGAACGUAAAGAUGAGGAUGGUUUCUUGUAUAUAAC